AAGGAGAGAAAUAAAUGUAAACUAUUGGAGAUCAUUGUGUCGUCCACUCAACUACAACUGGAAAAAACUGAUAACUUCAAGAGCCCCCAUCCCGUGCCUUAGUGGAAGGAUUUUUUUUAUUUUUAUUUUUUUAUCUCUCCCUCGAUCUGACACUUUGUUUUCCGCGGUUUGUUCCACGAGGAACUUACUAAUUUUUAAUAUGUGAUUAGGAAAGGGUAAAAAUUAAUAUAUUAUUUAAAUGAAUUUUCAUAUGUUUUUUCUGAAUUAAUUUUUUGAUCCUAUUAUUUCUGUUGCUUCUGUUAUAUCUGCUGGGUUGGCCGCUGGGUUGGCCGCUGGGUUGGCCGUAGGGCUUGCUUCUAUGAUCUGGGGUUGGUCAAGGCAUUGGUACAGGGCAAGCUUUAGAAGGGAUUGCAGGACAUAUGUUAUGAAAGAUAUGAGUGGGAAGUUCAAUUCCAGCAUGAAAUCAGAAUCUGGAUGAAGAAACAUCCAUGCAGUGCAGAUGUAGUUACAAAAUAGCUGAUUUUCCAACUCUGCGUUGACUGGUCUCCCACAAACAGCUUCCAGGAAAUGACAAUGAGACUUUCCCUUCCAUUUUGUUUUCUACUCCACUCUACCCUUCCUUAAUCAUUCCACUCUCUCUAAAUUCAAUCAAUCAAUUAUCUCUCUAAACCCAUGGAACACGCCUUCCUAGCCAUCGUCGCCGCCACCGCCAGCUUCUUCGUGGUUAUGCUCCUCCUUGCCGCCGCCAUCCUCCUCUGCCAGCACCACCGCAACUCCACCAAAGCCCCAACCCGCAGCACCUCCCAGAUCCGAACCCGCUCCGCCCCCCACCGUGACGCCUCCUCCCGCUCCGUCCUGGAAAACUGGUCCUCCGACCCCAACCUGAUCAAGAUCUCCUGGGAGGAGCUCGCCCGCGCCACCGACAACUUCUCCCCUCACCUCAUCGUCGGCGAUGGCAGCUUCGGCCUCGUCUACAAGGCCCGUCUCUCCAACGGCGCCACCGUCGCCGUCAAAAAACUCUCCCCCGACGCCUUCCAGGGCUUCCGCGAGUUCACCGCCGAGAUGGAGACCCUAAGCCGCCUCCGCCACCCAAACAUCGUCAAAAUCCUCGGCUACUGGGCCUCAGGCCCGGAACGCCUCCUCGUCUACGAGUUCAUCGAAAAGGGAAACCUCGACCAGUGGCUCCACGAACCCGAUCUCUCUCGCUCCCCUCUCCCAUGGCCCACACGCGUCCACAUCAUCCGCGGCGUGGCCCAUGGGCUUUCCUACCUCCACGGCCUCGACAAGCCCGUCAUCCACCGCGACAUAAAGGCCAGCAACAUCUUACUGGACUCUAACUUCCAGGCCCAUAUCGCUGACUUUGGGCUGGCCCGUAGGAUCGACAACACUCGGACCCACGUGUCCACGCAGUUCGCGGGAACAAUGGGCUACAUGCCGCCGGAGUACAUAGAAGGGUCCAAUGUGGCCAACACGAAGGUGGAUGUGUAUAGUUUUGGGAUUUUGAUGAUUGAGACCGCGUCGAGCCACAGGCCCAAUUUGCCCAUGAAAUUGGGCACGGACGACAUUGGGAUGGUCCAGUGGGCCAGGAAGAUGAAGGAGAAUAAUGCGGAGAUGGAGAUGGUGGAUGUGAAUAUUGGGUUGAGGGGGGAGGAGGAGAGUGUUAAGGAGUACGUGCGCAUCGCUUGUGAGUGCACCCGUGAGAUGCAGAAGGAAAGGCCCGAAAUGCCCCAAGUUGUUCAAUGGUUGGACUCAAUGUCACUUUCAACCAAACCUUUUCAUCUCGUGUAAAUACCUUUACUUCUAUAUAUAUAUAUAUAUAUGUAAGUCUAUAAUAACAUUAAUUAGUUUACAUGUUCUUAAUAAAUGUGAUCAAAUCAUCACAUUUUGUUUUUGCUGCCAAUUCAGUUGUGUAAUGAACUCCGAUAUAAGGGUUUUACAAGGUUCUAAGCCAUGCGAAAGUUCCCCAAUUUCUCUCCUUUCUA